AUGAAGUCUUUGGUUCUGGUGGCUUUGUGUCUGCUGAUGUCUCCUCAGGAGACACUGAGUGCAUGGUCCAGCUGUAAGCCAGUGACCUCCAGUUUCUGUCAAGGUCUGGGGUACACCACCUCCGCCUAUCCCACUGGAGUUUCGGGCUACAACCUGCAGCAGAUCGGUCAGAUGGUGGAGACGUCUUGUUCGCAGCACGUUGCCACGCUCCUGUGUCGCGUCGCCGUGCCUGAGUGUGACUCUGACAACGACAACUCGAAGAAACCGUGCAGGUCGCUCUGUGAUCGAGUCAAGAGGGACUGUGAGGCGGCCUUCAGAACCAAGAGGCUGACCUGGCCUUCAAAGCUGCGAUGUGAGUCCUUACCGGAGAGUAACUGUAUCCAGGUACGUCUGAAGAAACAUCGACUGUCGUUUCUUUAGUUUUUCUUCGAUCGUAUUAAAGAAAAACAAUCACAGACUCUUUAAGAGUCGUUUCAACCCUGGACUUCAGUAGGACCCCAUGAUUUAGUUAAAAAAAAAGAUCACGGUAUACUUCGCCAUUUUGUCCGAUCUUGAUUUAUCGUCACGAUUUUAUUUUUUUAACUGCCUGUUUUAAAGCAUCUGAACUAAAAACUAAAGAAACUAGAGAUCAGUUCAACAUUUUAUUAACAUUUAAAGUAAAUAAAGAAAAUUAAAUAAGAUAAACUUAGAAAAAUAAAACCAUUUAAACUGAACAGAACAACAAACGUGGAUAAAAACUCAAUAAUCCAGUGAACUAGUUUACAGUUCUGAGUGUUUCGGACCCCUCAGAGAAAAUGAAGACGCCUUAAAAUCUAAACAUUGAUGAUGUUAAUGUAGCUGAUCAGAUUGAUUGAUUGAUUUUUGCUUUGGUCUGGUCGCUGCACCGCUAGUUGUAGCUAAACUGCUAAUGCUGCAUGUGCCGUCGACAGUUUCAGGCUGUACAGACUCCGCCCACAUUUUCAGACUCCGCCCACAUUUUCAUACUUUCCCCAAAAAUCACUCGGGAAGAACUUCUUCAAAUAAUUGAACAGAUCUGUUGUGUUGCCGAUCUUUGAGGCACUGACCGCCGACAUACCUUACACAUCGGCUUAAUUACUCUACGUCACUUCGGAGAUACCUGAACCAUCGCCACACGACCGACGAUCAGUAACUUUUCUUCUCAACAAUGGCGUCUUUGAAGGAUGACCCAGAGGCUACAUUCACUCUGCAGGUUCUGAUGCAAAAUUCCGAUUUUUUGUUAAAUCCGAAAAGAAAAACAAACUGGAUAAAAAGGGUUUGCUGACCUACAAACACUUAAUACCACCUCCACUUCGGGCUGGGCCACCCCAGUCAAAGAAGUCUGGACACGCCCCUGUUGUUGUUUUUUCUUUCUGCGUGUGUUGUUGAGGUAGUAGUCUUGUUAAUCUGACACCAUUAAACGCUGGUCCUCAUCAUCCAGGGUCAGGAAAGCCGUGCUGCUCCUGCGGCCUUCCCGCCGGUCCUUCCCGGAGUGGCUCCAGCAGCGACCACUCCGAGGUGCGAGCCAAUCAGCAUCUCUCUCUGCCAAGACCUGGACUACCACGACACCAUCAUGCCCAACCUUUUGGGUCACACCAGACAGGAAGAUGCCGGUUUGGAAGUCCAUCAGUAUUCCCCUCUGGUCAGGGUGGAGUGCUCCCCCCAGCUGAAGCCCUUCCUGUGCUCCGUCUACGUACCUGAGUGUGAGGAGGGGAAACCUCGAGCCCCCUGCAGGACGCUCUGUGAGCAGGCCCGAGCCGGCUGUGAGUCCCUGAUGAGGAACUUUGGAUUCCAGUGGCCUGAAGCUCUCAGGUGUGAAGGUUUCACCACCGACACCUGCGUCCGGGUAAGUCACGUCUGUAACCUGCUGGAUAAACAGGAUCACAUCUGAUCUGGUCACAUCAGCAGAACCAGCACCACCAGUCCUCGGUUCUCCUUCAGUUUAAUUAGACAGACUUAAAGUAGGGGAGACCGGGGCUUGUUGUCACACUUUUUACACUCUUCUAUAUUUCUUUGAAUCAGUCCAUCACAUAUAAACUAAAAUGUGAAUCAGAUGAAAGAGCAAAGUCUCAGGUAAAUAACCAAUCAAACAGAGAUUGUGAUCAUGUGACAUGCUGCGCCACCAUCAGGUAAGUUGUCUCACUACAUGGCUAAGAUGUCACAGUGGAUUUUACAGCUGAUAAAACAAAAUUAUUGUUUCUCAUUUUUUUACCUGAAAGUGAAAAUUAAAGUCAGACACAGAAAAUGUUUAAAUGAGUUAAAGAAAAAGUCAUUAAACAAACAUUAACAUUAAAUAUUAUCAUCAUACUCUGGAGUUUGGAGGUCUGUCUGACUCUGUUUUCCAGCUGGGGUGAAUGUUUUACAGUACCAACAGGCCGGGCGGCAUGGGUGGGCAUUGGGGGGCCGUGGGGGGCCACCCAAACUACCAUGUUUGUUAAUUAAAGCUCUAGAUUAAAGUUAGAUUAAAACAGAACAAUGACUGAGGUCUGACAGGAUGAUCUCUCCUCUAACAGGUCCACAUGUUUCACUGCUAAGACUUUUAUCUGAAAGAAGAUUAUUUUAAAAUUUAAAAAGUUAAACAUUUUUUACUUUGUGUAAAAAAGUUCAUUGUCGUUCAUCUCAGCUCAGUGUUCUCUUCUCUUCUCAGACAGGACACCAACCCUGACCACGGAAAGGAAGAAAUCUAGUAUUCCACUUUUUUAUUGCGCCCUCUGGUGGCAAAGAUAAUUGCGACGUGACUUACCCAUGUGACAACCAGCCCCGGUCUCCCCUCGUUGUUGAGGAAACUUCAGCGAUUUUUUCAUUUUUCACUCGUUUCUUUCCGUGUCCCCGCAGAAACCAGCCUUCGCUGUGCCGACAGUUCCUCCUGGAAAAUGUCAGAAGAUCACCGUCCCUCUCUGCCAAGGCUUACAGUACACCGAGACCUUCCUCCCAAACCUUCUCGGCCACGCCACUCAGAAGGAGGCGAACAUGAUGGCUUCAUCCUUUGUGCCGCUCGUGCAGGUGGAGUGCUCGCCCCACCUGAGGCCUUUCAUUUGCUCCGUCGUCACUCCUGAGUGCGUGUCAGGAAGACCGAAACCUCCCUGCAGGACCCUCUGUGAGCAGGCUCGCAUCGGCUGUGGGACUCUCAUGAGCGGGUUUGGGUUCCAGUGGCCUGAAGCCCUCAGAUGUGAGAAAUUUACCACCGAGUCCUGUGAACAUGUGAGUCUGUACGGUUCAAACAUGAAGACAGUAAACAAACUAAAAACAGGGUUGGAGUUCUCACCACGUCUUCACUUCACUCACAGCAAACAUUCAAGCUUUGCAGCAGAAUCCACAGAAGAAGUCAGUCAGCAGAGUUUUACACACAAGUGUGUAUAAAGUAAGGCUGCACGAUAUUGGAAAAAAAUAAUAUUGCGAUUUUUUCAACCCUGCGAUAUAUAUUGCGAUAUUAAAAAUACAGUAUUUUCACCAGAUGACCUGAAUAGCACUUAAUGUUAUGCUGCACUGCUGAAAUCUUGAGGACAGUUACCCUGCACUGAUCUUACCUCUUUUUGUGAAUGUUAGUAGAACGGCUUCUGUCUGUCUCAGAGAUAUUUUUAGCUUUUAUUGUGCUGGGACGUUAUUGUGGCAACAGAUGAACACAGAAGACGUGUUUUGGUCGACAUCAUCCUUCUUUUAACCGAAAUAAUUCCAGAUAACUGACUUUCCUUUUCUUUUUGGCAACAAAUCUUCAUUUUCGGUGGUUUUCGCUUGUUCGUUGUUCAUUUUGCGAUCGUUGUUGUUAUUGUUAGCGGUGUUGUGCUGAGAAACGCAUGUCCUCCGAGAAUUGCAUGCAUCUCGCAAAACGCGCACUGCUUAUAGUAGAGUGGUCCACGGAAAUGUACAAUUUAAAACCCAUACAGUUCUUAUUUGUUGGGCUUAAUAGUCAUGAGUAAAGUUCCGAUAGUAAUUCUCAGCGGACACACGUCUCCCUCCAUGUGCAGAACAUGUGCAGGGGUGGGUUUCCUCCUCUCUGAUUUUAAUUGACAGCUGGCAGGGUAGUCUGAUUGGCAACUGAGAAGUGAGUCUGAUUGGUAACUGAGUUAAGGACGAAUGUGAUUGGUGGAUCGCUGCACAGCACAUGCAGAGUCACAUGGAGUGUAUCUCAGUCGGUUACCCUUGAAAUUAAAUGAGUUCAUUCACCUCCAGUAUCGCAGGCUCUGAUGUGACUAUCGCACACACGUACAUCGCGAUGACGUUAGUCAAACGAUAUAUCGUGCAGGCCUAGUAUAAAGUGUGUACGUGUGUUUGGUUCCAGUACGGAGUCAGCAGCAGCGGGGGGAUCUGCGAGCCCAUCACCAUCCCCAUGUGUCAGGGCCUGUCCUACAACCUCACCAUCACUCCAAACCUCCUGGGACACGUGAGUCAGAGAGACGCGGUGGUGAGGAUGUCCUUCUUCAACUCCUUUGUCCAGACCAUGUGCUCGGUGGACAUCCGCCUCUUCGUGUGCACCGUCUACGCCCCCAAGUGUGUGGCGGGGGAAGUGCAGAAGCCCUGCAGGUCCUUCUGUCAGAGAGCCAAACAAAGCUGCGAGGGCUUGAUGAGGAGUUUCGGCAUUUCCUGGCCUCAGGAGCUGCAGUGUAACGCGUUCCCUGAUGAGAUGUGUAUAUCGGUGAGACAUGGACUCUUUUUAAUCACUAAAGACGUGUCGUACCUGAAAACGAGGAACCUCACCUUUUCUUCUGUCUCUUUUUUCCACAGGAGGACGGUCGACCUGAUGUACGUCAGCUAAGUUUUCUCAGAAAUGUGAAGUUUACUCUUUAACCCCUUCAGUGUGUCCACUCUCUGCUGCUCAGAGCUGCACUGUGCACUCUCAUCCUGACGCUGCUGAAGCUGGAGGGAGGGGAAAGGGGUUGAUGUGUUUGUUCAUGGUGGAGCUUGAGUGUAUUAAAGGUGUUGUAGUUCAGGAUCUGAGGAGGUUCCAGUUUUUAGGAGAAAUCUUGAAUGUAAACUCUACCCCUCCAACCAGUUUUCCCCUCAGCUCCUCCUCUCCUCUGAAGCCCCGCCCACAAACAGACGCUCCUGCUCGCUCGUAUCGUUCCAGUUAAAUUCAGAUAUAAUGCAGAUAAACACUUCAGAUCAUUACAAAUGGGGCCCAGUCAAGGUGAAAGUCAAAAGCAUUGGUGCUACUGUAGAUGCCAACAGACUACCAGCAAACACAAUGUUUGCAGGACUUCUACAACGAGGAUAAAGUGACAUAGUCCAGGACCCGAGGGAGGACAGUUUAGCGAUGGCGCUACAACACGCUACAGCAGGUCCGUUUGACAAGAAACACUUCUGUUACAGACACUUGUCUUACUUUGUUAAAGCGGUUUACCUGUCCAGCAGAAAGGUUACAGGGUCACCAAGAUCCCCAAGCGUCCCCCAUGGUUUAUGUUGACCCGGCGCCUUAGCUCUUGUCCGGUCUACCUCCGUUUUAAGCGCCCGUUAUUCCUCCAGAGUCUCCGGUAUUUACUUUGUUUUCUCGCUUGUGUCGGCAGUCGUGGCCAAAGGAGGAUUCAGACAAUUUUCCGAACUUUCUGGUUGGUUUCUACUGUCCGAUAUUGUAGCACGCUAACUUUGUUUGGGCUCCUGAACGACACGGGGGAGCAGCGUCUGCCUCACAACCAAUCAGGUUAGAGGAGGUGGAGAACGGCUUUGUUUACAGUCAGAAAGAGCGGACCGCUCAAAAAUGUUCAAAUGUUGACGACACAGACAUAAGAGAACACAGAGAUAUCGAUAUAUUAACAAAUGUCAUCAAUAACUAAUAACUAUUGACUGAUAUUAGAAGGUUUUUGUUUAUAAAACACAAACAAAGAUGCUUCUUUAACAGAUUCCUGCCUCCUCCACCUCUAACCUUGUUGGUUUGUCAUGCUUCAUUUGUGCAGAUGGAUCAUAUUCAUUCUGUCGAUCCAUACUUAGAUAUCCAUGUUUGUGAUCUCUGGAUUCUUCUCCAGGAACUGAACAUGUCUGUGUUUCCGACAGAUGCUGACCCCUGAAGAUGUCGUCAUCAAGCUGAACGCUGGCGGCUAUUCUGUUCGUGGAAAAUGUAAGUUUUUGUCUUCCAGUUUUCUUUGAAACUGAUGAAGUUGUUUUGUUUUCUCUGAGACUUUUUAAAAACUCUAAAACUCUUUUCCGAUGGAAGCUUUGACUCUCAGGACAGCUCGCCUCCUGGUGGCUCUCGCGGACGUAUCCUUUGUCCAGAAGCUUGGUUACAAAACCGUCAGGAUUACAGCCUUUGUGGAUCUGCAGCCUCUCAGGUUCUGGUCUCAUUAUGACCCCCUUUUAAGCUCUUUAACCAGCACUUUCAGGCUGACAAGAGUGAAGACCUGGAUGCGGUGGAGGUCUUCAAAAUGGAGCAUUACGUAGCUGUAGCUAGAAGGGAGUACGUGGAGAACUACGAGAAGAGGACCCCUCCCGCCGUCACCCAGUCCCAGUUCAAAAAGGCUCUGACUGACCGCGGUAACACAACCUCACCUUCACACAACAUCUACACAAAAACAACACCUGUACUGUGUUUCAUGUUGUGUUGUCUCCAUCACAGAGUUACACAUAGACGAUGCAACCUUCAGAACUCUGUGGCGUGACCAUCGAACCGGAAACGGAAUCGAAUAUGACGACUAUGUGGCGGCCCUCACAAAACUGCACAUCCUCAGAGGUGACCGAAGCUAAAUUCAACGCCGCACACUGGAGGGCUGGAGCCAUAAUUUUGUGGUUUACUUGAAUAUUUGCACUUUCUGGUUCUUUAUAUUCCACUCUGAGUAAUAAACGACAAAUCCAACGAUUUCUGUUUCAGAUCGUUUCCAGACACAACUCCUCAACCUGCCCUGUGACUGCGAGGUCGCCAGCUUCUCUUUCAGACAGGUGAGUUUAAGAUUCACAGUAAACAACACAAAGUAAGUCUUUACUGAUCUUUAUUAAGACGAUAAUCAUUUUAAAAUACAGUGAAAUUUAUGAGUUUAUUAAACAGAAAUCAUAAUGCUUUAUUGAGUAAAAUAAGUGACAAUUUUAAAUCAGCUAAAACACAAACUGAAGACAGUAAGAGAGUCACAUUAUGACUAUGGGAGUAUAUUUUCAAAUCAAGUCAUAUAAAAAUUAAACUCACUCUGUCUUUACUUUGUUUUUCUCUUUUCAGUACAUGAGAUCAGCCAUAUUCUGA